AAUUGACCACGAAAUAUAUUCAUAGUAAAUGAUUGAGAUUCCUUUGCGUUAGAAUUACCAUUGUUCAAUUUUUCUGCCUUGGCAGCUUUAUUUGCUGUUUGUGUUGCAAGACAUCUGUAAUUUUCAUUUAACAUAUAUAUUUUCUACUCUGACUUUUGCUCUAAACUACAUAAAUACAAACUAAUCAAGAUCAUAAUCAUUAAAAAAAAAAACAAUUUUAAAAGUUAUUCAUCUGUAUAUAACAGUUUUACUAUUUAAAGGAUUUAUAAUAGUCAAGUUAUCAUAUCCUACGAUAUAAGGUACUUAUUAUAACAAAGAUUUUUAGAAUUUUGUCUUGAUAAAUUGUGCAGUUUUCUACCAGUUAUGCAUCUUAUCUAGAGCUAAAUCAUAAUGUUAUUUUAUGUCUGAAGUGAUAAGUGAUAGUGAAGGUUUAAAGUCCAUACUCUCAAGUCUGGAGUCUAGACAAAACACAAAAUAUAAAAAGAUUAUGAAGAACAUACUCUCUUCCUGUAUCUGAACUUUCUAUUACACACACACACACACACACACACACACACACACACACACACACAAACAUAUUUAUUCUGACGUGUAUUUAUUUAUGUGUUGAUUAAAGAAAUCAAAGAUUAAAGAAAGAGAAUAGAAACUGCAAGUCAUUCAAAGAAUAUAUCGAUACACUGAGAGCUAUAAUUAUAAGAUAUGACUGUAUUAUAGAGGUAUAUUCACAACUGGUUACAUAUUAAAAUGAACGGCAUACAUACAUAACAAGCAUUGCAUAAAUUACGCAUAUAAUAGCCUUAGGCAAAGUUAAAAAUCUAAUUCUUACCUUAAAUUGGCAUCUAAUAGCCUGCCCAAGUUUCUCAAGGGCGAAAUAAAAAUUUUCGGAACACGUAUCAUCAUUACAGUUAACGUAUUUACAAGUCAGAACUCUCAAGACAAAGUAUGAUAUUGUGAAGUAGAUGAGGGCUCAAACCAGGCUAAGAACUCAGUGGGACAGGACCACGAUCUUAUAUACUUACGAUCGUGGUAAAUUGACUGAUGCCAGCAAAACUAAUUAGCAAUUAAGCAUAGGCAUAGAAAAGAUCGGACGAGUGAACGACCGUCGAGGCUGCCCCGCAGGGGGGUUGCUCUGAUAGGCCGAUUCCACAUAAGUGCUGUGGCGUGCUGUGACGUGCUGUUCGUUGCUUUUUUGUGCUGUCUCGUGCGUUCAUUUUGGAGCAGUGAGAAACGUAUCUCUACAAUGUUUUAUAUGCAUGACUGUCGAUACGUGGCAACGUUGCUUCCGUUUUGAAAAGCUUUCGUUCAGUAUAACACAUGGGUUAAAACCGAUUAUUAUUAUUUAUUUAUUAUUAUUUCAAGAAAGAAAGUUUCUAUUUAACAAAAAAGCGUGACUUUUUUUCAAAACGGGUCUUGAAAGAAACGUUAAUUAACCUUGUGAUCAAUAACAACAAUGCAGAUUGAAAAAUUAGAAAAAGUGCGAAAGUGUUUGUUGGUACAACAAUUAUUAUUGAGAACGUUAAUUAACAUAAAAAAAUUGAAAUUGCUCAAAAAGAAAAUAAUACUAAGAAGGUGGUGGGUGAAACCACAUUUAUAUCCUGAUGUGAGAAAUCUUGUAGGAGCAUAUGAAUUAUUAUUCAAUUAUUUUAAACUAAGAAAUGGUGAAGAGUUCUAUGAAUUUACCCAUAUGAGUGUACAGAAUUUUUAUGACUUAAUCUACUUAGUUAGUGAACGUUUGCAAAAGCAGGUUUGUCGAAGACCACCAAUUCCUCCAGAAAUACGUUUAGCAAUAACACUACAUUACUUAGGACAUGGAGGAAGUGUUUCUAGUGAAGCCAUGUAUUUUAGAGUUGGGAAGUCAACAAUGUACGAUAUUAUUGCUGAAACGUGCAAUAUCAUACAGACAACUCUGUUAAAUAUAUAUGUGAAACCCCCAGACGAAGCUGAAUGGCUUCAAAUAGCACAGGAUUUUGAAGAAAAAUGGAAUUUUCCUAAUUGCAUUGGGGCUCUCGAUGGAAAACACAUAGAAAUAAACAGACCAGCUCAUGGAGGUAGCCUUUUUCAUAAUUAUAAGAAUUUUGAAAGUGUAAACCUUAUGGCUGUAAGUGAUGCACACUCCAGAUUUAUCUGGUUCAGUGUUGGAGACUGCGGUUCAUUUAACGAUGCUAGUGUUUUUGCCGCAACAGAUUUCUCAAGAAAGUUAUUUAACAAUGAAUUAAAUAUACCUAAUUCUAGGUGUUUGACAAAUACAAAUAUCCGAAUGCCAUUUACAUUAGUAGGAGAUGAAAUAUUCCCCCUUGGUCAUCACCUAAUGAAACCAUUCAGCAGAAGAUGUAUCAAUAGCGUCACCCAAAGGAUCUUCAAUUAUAGGCUAAGCCGGGCCAGAUUUACAAUAGAAUGCGCUUUUGGCAUCCUAUGCGCAAAAUGGCGAGUUUUAAAUCGUGCAUUAAAUUUUAAAUUGAAAACCACAAACAAUAUAGUUGCUGCUUGUAUUUGUUUGCAUAAUUAUAUUAUAACAAGAAAUCGACCACAUUUGAAUAAUAUGCAUAAUGCUAACAACAGAAGAAGAGAGGAUGAUGAUUAUGCUCAACUAAUUCAAGGAUUGCCAAGAGAUGCCCCUGCUAUCAUUCGGAAUCGUUUUGCUGAAUAUUUUGUCUCCGACGUAGGAUCCAUUCCAUGGCAAUAUCAGUAUAUCUGAUAUUACAUUUGCAGUUAUACAUAAUCUGUAUUUGUAAACUUGUAUCUUGUAGAUUAAUUUAUUACACAAUAAAAAUUUCAACAUUA